AAUUUUUUUAUUUUUUAUAUUUUUCAUAACUCUACUGAGACUUUCACUAAUAGGGUUUAAUCAUUGUCAUCAUGUCAGAUGAAGGAACGGUGUGUUUGGCUGAGCCAGUGUCCACGCUUGAUCAACUCGAAUCCACCACAUCUGAACCAUCUGGUCAUGUCUCCCCGGAUACUCUGGCUCAAAGACGACGCUUACCACCUCAAAAAUUGAAGCUAUAUGCUAAUAUGAAACAAGGUCCAUCCUCACCGAACGACACUAUCAACCUUGAUCUUUUGAAUCGUCUUGCUGAGCAAAACGCACAAUUGCCACCUCAGGAAUCCACGGACUUUCUUUUGGCACGACUUGAACGUCAAAACGCAUUAUUGGAUAAUGAUCCAAAGUCAGUUUGCAUUGAAUCCAAUCAACUGAAAGCCCACUUUGAUACCUUGCACAACUUAGUCUCUGAUUCACUUAUACCCAACCAACCCGACAGUGGUGCCGCUGGUUAUCCUAGCAGCCCCCUCAAAAUGAAUUUUGACACCCAGCAGCAAGAACAAGAUCCUACCAUCGACUGGGACUUUUGGGGUUGCCUGAUCGACGAUUUUCCGAAAGUCGCAGGAAAAUUACCCCACCUUUUAUCUGCCAAAAUUCGUGCUGGUGUUCCACAACCGCUGAGAGGCUUGGUGUGGCAAACCAUGUCCCAAUCAUCCGCCACCAACUUAGAAUCGCUGUAUGAACAACUUUCCGCGGAUGACGCCGAGAAGUCGAGAUAUGAAAGGAUCAUUAAUCGCGAUUUAGCUCGCACCUUCCCUAACGUCGAUAUGUUCAAGCUGGAUGGAGGAAGUGGCCAACAAGCCAUGGGACGAAUCUUGAAGGCAUAUAGCAUGUAUGAUGCCCAUGUUGGUUACUGCCAAGGUCUUGCCUUUGUAGUGGGUCCACUUUUAAUGAAUAUGCCUGAAAAGCAAGCUUUUUGCGUAUUUGUUCGCCUCAUGGAAACUUACGAUAUGCGUACCAUGUUCACCCUCAACAUGGAAGGUCUUCACUUGCGUCUCCAUCAACUUCAAACGUUGCUCUCUCAAACCUGCCCAAAAAUUGCCAAUCAUUUGUCAGAGCAUGCCAUCCAUCCUGCCAUGUAUGCAUCCCAGUGGUAUUUAACACUGUUCGCGUAUUGCUUCCCAAUCUCACUUGUACUUCGUAUCUAUGAUGUGGUGUUUGCUGAAGGUGCAGUUGAAACCAUCAUGCGUAUCGCCAUAGCACUGUUGAGGAAGAACGAAGAAAAAAUUCUGGCUUUGGAUGAUUUUGAGCAAUUGAUGGAUUUACUCUGUUCGAAAAGACUCUAUGAAGAGGCAUAUGGAAGCGAUCCUGAACAGGUCAUUCAUGAUGCUAUGGAGUUGAGCAGCUUGAUCACGAAGCAAAAGAUGGACGACAUUGCAGCGUUGCAUGAGAAGGAAAUCGGAGAUGAGAAGAAGCGAACCGAACAAGUAUUUGCCAUUCGAUUUGGAGGAGGUCUUGGAAGAUCCAAUAGCAAGCGCAACAAGCGGGAAUCAGGUUGGUUCAACUGGGGUAGCAAUACACCUUCGUCCGAAACCAAACCUACCAGCAACGAGACGGUUAUGACUCCUACCACGGAAGAGCCAGUUCAAGCCAGCUCACGCCAUAGCCCUUCCACCGCCGUUCUUCAUCAACAGAUCGAAGAUCUGGUCACUGUUUUAUCGCAACUGCAAAAGGAUCAGCUGGAGAACAAUGAACAGUUAAUGGCUGCCAAGAUGAGAGAAAUGGAUGCUCAUGCCGAGCGAGAAACCCUCAUCAAACGCAAUACAGACUUGGAACGAGAACUUAAAAAAUUCAAGGCUAGACUCUCCAACCAUACUGACAUGUCCUCUGGAAAUCAGACGGAUCUAUACGGACUUGGACUUUCUCCCAAGUCACUUGAUUCGGACGAUAGACACGAGCAACAAGUUCGGGCGUUGGAUAUCAUGGAACAAGAUAACCAUUUUGUUAGCUUUGUGGAAAGUCUUAAAUUGACGGGUGAUUUUGGCUCCUUGGUGGCUGGAGCAUUGACGGUCUCUACUGCCAAACCCAAUGAAGAUGAGCAACGCCUUUCAUCCAGCCGUUCAUCCUCCUCUCUGGUCUCUUCCCUCAAUGGUAGUCAUCACCCUGCUGAAGAUAGCGAAUACGAUACCAAUGCCACCACCACGGUGGAGGACAGUGAUCGCGAGUACGAAAAUGAGCGUAAGACGUUGACCCAAGAAUUGGUCAAUUUCAAGCUGGCUAAUUUUGAAAUGGGCCAAAAAUAUGAAAGACUGUGCCACCAUAACGAAGAACUCAAGACCCGACUCAAGCUAUUGGAAGCAUCUUACAACAGUUUGUCUGAGAAGUAUGGCGUAGUGAAGAACGAAGCUGACGGUUUGCGUCAAGAACGUGAUCAGCUCUUCGGCAUGCAUGAUGAACUGUAUCGUGAAAACGAUGCCAUGAGACAGCAAACCAAAGCCAACAAGAAGAUGGCUUCUGAAUUACAAUUUGAAAAGUUAUCUUUGGCUCGGGAGCUGGAAGAAUGUACCAACCGCAUGAAGAAACUGGAAGCUGAAAAAGAACAAGCCAUUGCUGCUCGACGAACCUUCUCGGAAGAUGUCUUUGAAGCCUUCAACCGUACCCAUGCCCCCAAGAAGUCUGACAACAACCUCCGGCCUAAAGAACUUAACCGAAGACACACCGUUCAACUGUUCAGUGGCGGUGUAAACCUUGACUCCACCGAUUACCAAGACAAGUAUGUUGAAAGUGAUCUUCGAUGCCGCGAGUUGGAGAAACUUUUGGCAGAAGCCAAACUUAAGCUUGUGGAGUACGAGACUUCCAAUACCCCGUUGACUUCGCCUCGACCCUCUAUGCAAUCAUCGUAUAGACCUUCUAGACACAGUUCUGUAGCAUCUCUCUCCAUGCUUGCAGCUAGGUCGAGCACCAAUACCCCAGCCCUGGAUCGACGUGGUAGCUCUGCAUCUUGGAUGGAGAGCAGCCGCCAGUCCACCGAUAGCAUCAUGUCGAAUGCAUCGGGCGUCUCCAGCCAGAGCAAUAACAAACGCUCCAGCAUGUAUGCUAGGAUGUGGAACGCAUUCGGAUCCACAAGGCCCAGCACUGAUCUGCCAGUUGCUGAAGAAGAUCUUGAGAACACCGUCCGUUGUUCUUCACCUGUUUCUACCACUGAAAAAGUAACAAACAAUACCACUGAAUACCCUGCCGACGCUCAAGCCUAAUCUGCUUAAAAAAAUAUUGCCUUUCCCCCAACCUAUAAUAAUGUCUUGUGUUUAUGAUUUUUCCCCAUUGUGAAUUUUUUCUUCUUCUUCCUAUUUCCGCUUGAUAGUAUAAGCUCACCUAAGCUAUGUCGAAUAUUAAAGUAUAAGAGAAAAAAAAAAG